AUGAACAAGCGAGGUCCUUCGGGACUACCCUCAAAUCCAUACAUGCAAAACAAUGGUCCAGGACCUGCUCCCCCUCUUCCCACUGGUCCACCACCCCCUGUUCAAGCGCAACCGCAGUACUCUCAACAAGGUCAGCCGGUGGAUCAAGCUGCUCACGCGGCAGCUUGGGCAGCGUACUACCAGGCUCAAGGGAUCAACCCAGCCGCUACCUAUUCAGCAGGACCUCAACCUGCUGGUCCAGCCGCAGGACCUGGUACAGCUGGGAAUCCCUAUGCGAACUACGGCUACGGUGCGGGAGCUCAGCAUGGGACAUAUCAAGCGCCUGUCCAACCUGGUGUGGGAGUAGCUGGACCCAGUCAACCCUUCAGACCACCUCCAGGCAAUCAAGCUUAUUCUCCUGCUCCCGGUGGGUAUGGCCAACAACCCGGUCAGUAUCCUCAACAAGCUCAAGCUUACAGCCCAAACCCCACCGCUGGGUAUUCGACACCUCAACCGCAAGCACCACCUAUACAAGGCCAAGGUAGACCACCUUUCAAUCAGCAACCGGGAUUCGCCUGGGGUGCUCAACAACCUACACCUGUUACCGGUGCUGCACCAGGUUAUCGACCUCCUCAGCCUCGAUCAACUACGUCGUAUCCUCAGCAAGCUGCACCUGGACCAUACUAUCCUCAACCUGCUCAAGCCCAAGUUCCUCAGCAGCAGCAAUUCACUCCGACAGGUAAUCAACCUUAUAGACCUCAAGCCCAACAUUCGCCCUAUCGUCCACCAGGUGCUCGACCGCCCAGACCACCAAUGUCAACCCCUCAACCUGGUGGCUUCCCACCAGCCAAACGACCAAGGUUUGAUGGACCCGGCGCAAGCGGAGCAGGUAUGGGGAUGGGAACUGGUGUGGUCAGACCUCCUAAUGGUCCUAUGCAAAAUUCAAUUAACAGACCUCCAUCUGCUCCCGCAGCUUUCAACACAGGUGUGAAUGGCGGUCAACCAGGUUUCAAUCAUUCUUCUUCUGCUUCUUCCUCUUCUCGUGGUGGUAGAGGUGCUGCGCCCAUCCCAACUUCCAGACCGCCUAUUCAUCUUGGGUCAGGUGGCCCUCCACCGUUUGGAAUUGGAUUGGGUGUGAGGGGUGGUGCGCCUUUGAGAGGAGGUUUCAGUGGUAGAGGAGGGAGGGGAGGGGGGAUGGCAGGUGCUCCGAGAGGUCCCAGUGGAAUGAUGAGGAGGGAUAACAAUACUCCGACUGGGGGAGGUGCCAGGAGUUCAUUGCCUCCAUCUAAGAAGGAUACGCCUAGGAAAGAGAAGAGAAGGGAAGAGACGAGGACUACGAUGACUGAUUUCAGAAUCGUUGGGAUCGAGGUGAAAGCAUUAGGGUGGAGUUGGGGUAAAGUUGGAGGACAAGAGGUUGAAGAAGAGGAGGAAGUGGUCAAGGCUGAACAGAAAGAUGAUGCUGUCACAGCAGGCGACGAAGGGAUAGAAGUGCCUCUUACCGAAGACUCGGAUGUCAAAGAAGAACUCAAGGAAGCUUCUGGCACCAACGGAGAAUCUGUCGAUUUGCCCAAGGAGGUCGAGACCUCGGAAGAAGUCAAAGUAGAAGUGACUGAAACAAAUGAAGCUUCCCCUGCAGCUGAGAAUGAUGUGGUAGAAGAGAAAGAAAAGAGAGGUGAAAAGAGGAAAGCGAAGUCCCCUGAUUCCGAAGAAGAGACAGCCGCUAAGAAACGCAAUUCGUCAUAUCUCCUUACUCAUAACAAACCCAAUAUCCCUUCUACCUCUGAGAUCCCCUCUUCAUCGAUAUUUGGAUCCAAUCAGAAUCGGUUUAGGAUCUAUUUCGAUUCACCACCUGAAUUGGAUAGGAUACCUAAAUCCGCUCGACGGAAAAGGGGGAGAGAGUCUUCGAGCGUCGCUCCUAGUGGAGCGGGUGAACAUGAAGUGGAGGAAACGGAAAUUGUCAACGAAGCGGAAGAGGUUCAAAGGAUAAAAGAGGAAAUUGCAGCUGAAUCUGAGACUCAACUCGCUGAUCAGAACGGUGAAGAGGCUGAAGCUGACCCUCAAACCCAGACUGAGGAUCCUUCCAAGAAGAUUGAAACACCUGCUAUCCCUAAAGCACCUGCGACUGAGAGCAUCGACGUUCCUACCACCGAAAGUGCUGAGUUUGAAACUCAAACGACCGCACCCGCUGCCGAAGCACCUGAGACUACCACUGAGCAAGCUGCCGAGCCUGAAGCAGAUGAAGAAGUUGGUGACGUAUCGAUGACUAAUGAUGCCGCACAAAUCGCCGCUAGCGAGUCUCAAGCUAUCGAAUCUGAACAUACCAACACCACGUCAGCCACCGCCGACCUCGCAGCGGUACCCAAUGCAGCCUAUACCGACGUCGAGCCCACCGAUACAUCAACCGAUACGCCGAAUUUCGUUCAUGCGGAACCUGUCAAUGGCGAAAAUAAUCAGCAAGACGAGAUUAUGCAACCCGUUCCAGAGGUCCAUGAAACCAUUGUUAAAUCUACGGAAGAGAAGACGAGAGCCAGGAGACGUAGUUCAGUCAGUUCAACCGAUUCUAGAGAUUAUCAAUCAACCAUUGCUGGCGAUCAGCAAAACCCUCAAUCUCAACCUCAAACAGCGGCUUCGGAUACUACACGAUCUGUACCUAGUACGAAUAGACUAUCGAUCUUGUAUGAAAAGAGUUUGAGGAGGAUAUGUAUCGAUUCGGACGUUGUGGAGAAAGUGAAAAUUUGGAGGAAAGAAGGGAGGAUCGAAGUGGAAUUGAAAGAUCUGGAGGUUGAGAGUAAGGAAGCACAGGAGAUCAGGCUGCCUAAGGGUAUAUUGGUCGAAAGUUAUGAUUCGAAUGAUCAGAGGUAUAUCACCCUGAAUUCAACUAGUAUAUCAACUUUCUUCGGUCAGCCUGAUUUUACAGUACCGACUGAAGAUGGACAAUCCAUACCGCCUUUCCAUAAAGUCCUAUCUGCGACUGUCAACAGCCCCUCUGAAGAUGGAGGUGACUCUAGUGAGGUCGCUAAGGUCAAUGCAGCUCAGAACGGACAGAUUGACGAUACCGAUAUCAUCGCGGGCUCCGAGCAAGCUCAAAAUGUCAAACAUGAUGAAAGUCAGACUCAAGCUGCUUCAUCUUCAUCUCCAAAAAUUACUCUUACCGUGUACUUGAAUCGCAAAAACCCGUUAUCGGAGGCUAAAUGGUGCAGAAACAAUUCGGCUGAUAAUUGGUUAUAUGAGCAAUUCGGUUCGAGGAGGAUAGAACAGGAUGAAGAGAAUGGUAUGAAAGGACUUGGAUUCGGUUCGGCGGGCUGGAAGGGGAAAUUGGAAGUGAUGGAUCCCGAUCCUGCACCAACGCUCAAAUCAAUUCUCGAGCAAUGGUCUUCCACCUCUUCAUACGGUACAUCCUCAACCAGAGAAUCGUUCAUCUCCUCACUCCUUUCAUCACCUAUUGAAACGAUCGAGAUCCUCCUACGCUUGACUAGGGGAGAUCGAAAUCCCGUCUAUUCAUCGAAUCCUACAUAUUUCAGUAAAUCUUUCUCAUCUACCAUUAAAAAAGAAUCACCUUAUACGAAUCACCAGACUCAUAUCUCCUUGGCUGUUCUAGCGAUGUACCGUCUCACCACAGACUUGGUGGAUAAAGUAUCUACUGAUGAGUUAGAGAGAGAAAAGGAGAGGCAGAAGUUGGACGAAAAUGUAAAUGACAUCAUCAGAAGUCUACCACUGAAUAUGAUACAAAGGAGUCUGGAUGGGCUGUGGAAAGAGUGGAAUGCUCGUAGCAAAGAUUCAGGUAAGAAUGGAUCGUCCUCAAAAGAUAAAUAG